AUGGAGCAUACAAUAUUUGAAAAGCUUGUCAAGUCAGAUACUAUUCAACAAGCAAUGACAUUUGUAUCAGAUGGUGAUAGCAAACCAGGACAUGUACUUUCUAAAGAAGGUGUACAAUGUGAACAAACAAAAGAUGUGAAUCAUACAAUUAAAUCGUACUUCGCGUCUGUUAAAAAGAGACAUGAUGAUUUAUUAAAAUUAUUGAGGUAUGUAUUUAAAGAUCCUGAGUUAAAUGUAGAAGAAAAAAUUAUGAAAUGGCAAUCAUUCAAACGACUUUUUGAAAAAGAUGAAGAAAAAGUUAGGGAAGAAGUUUUUAAUUCAAUCGAUACAUUAACAUAUCUAUUCAGAAUUAUUAAACCAGGAAUUCAUACUAACUACAAUGAAGCUUUUAAUGCCUUGAAGUCUAGAUUAUUGGAAAAAGAUAAAGCAUGGAAACUUGGCUUUAUUGUGAGAUGCUUUGUUUCCGUCUUGGCAUAUAAUCAUCCUGACUGGAAAACCCUUUUACGGCAAUUCUUUAAACUUGAUAUUUCAAAUUAUGAUCAUGUUUGUAAAACUAGAAUAGCAAAUAUUGAAAAAAGAAGCAAAUAUGAUCGAGAGAGAGUGCAAAGUCUUGAAUUUAAAGAAAAGGAAAAAGAAAAGCUAGAAGAAGAAACAAAGAAAAAAGAAGAAAAGAAGAAAAAUACUGAAGAAAGAAAAAAUAAACAAAAUAAUGAGGGUUAG